AUGCAUUUCACCAAGUCCUUCCUCACCGCCGUCGCCCCCCUCCUCCUUUUGGGGGGUUCAGCCUUGGCAGAGCAGCAGCAUAAGGGCGGCGUAGCAGCCACCACCCUCGCGACAUCCGUCGUACCCGCGCGCGACCUCACCGCCACGGGCGCCGCGCACGCGGCCGCCAAUACCGGCAGCGGCGCCGCCGUGGAUGCCACCUCCGUCGAUGUCGCCGCCGCCGACGACGCGGACGAGGAGGGGCUGCAGGAGCGCUCGUACUUGCGGGUCAAGAGGCAGGGGAAGGGAAAGGGCAAGGGGAAAGGAAAGGGUAAGGGCAAGGGGAAGGGCAAGGGCAAGGGCAAGGGCAAGGGAACGGCUGCUGGCGCUGCUAGUGCCAGUGCUGCUGCCGCGGGGGCCGCUGCUACUGCCGGCACUGGUGCCGGCACUGGUACCGGCGCGGCUGGCGCGGCUGGCACGGCUGCGGGUGCUGGCGCCGGUGCUAACGCCGGCACGGGCACUGGGACGGGCACUGGGACGGGUGCGGGCGCCGGGACUGGUACUGGUACCGGUGCGGCUGCUGGGUCGGGUGCGGGCGCCGGGACUGGUACUGGCACUGGCCAACAACGAGAGGAGGAUAUUUCGAACUGGGGGCAUGUUGUCGGCAUCUUUGCCCCUGGCGUCGGGAUUGUGAGUCCGUACAACUCGAGUGACCACGCAAAUGCGCGGUUGAGCGGCACCAGCAUGGCUGCGCCCCAUGUUGCCGGCUUGGCUGCUUACUUCAUUGCGCGCGAGGGCCUCUCGGGGAGUGCGGCCGUGUCGAAGCGGAUACUGGAUGCCGCUGCCCACGGAGCCGUGGAGAGGAAAGGGGGUGCAGAUCGGAUUGUGUACAACGCGGGCGGAUUCUAA